AUGGUAGCUCACCGUCGCGGCCCCUGGUCGCAACACGAGGACCAGUGGCUUGUUAACCUCGUUGCACGCAAUGGUCCUCACAACUGGGUACGCAUCUCACAAGAGAUUGGCUCGAGAUCGCCAAAGCAAUGCCGUGAACGCUACCAUCAGAAUCUGAAGCCAUCGCUGAACCACGACCCUAUCACACCCGAAGAGGGAGAGCUGAUCGAGAAGAUGGUAGCCGAGAUGGGCAAGAGGUGGGCCGAGAUCGCCAGGAGGCUGAAGGGACGUAGCGACAACGCCGUGAAGAACUGGUGGAACGGUGGCCAGAACCGCAGGAAGCGCAACCCAGAACGUCCUGACCAGCGACCCCGCGAGUACUCCCAAACAUCCGAGCACUAUCAGUACCCUUUGGCAUCCCAACAUACUCAUCACCACGACGAUCAACACACUACCAUGACUCCCGUCCUGCCCCAACCCCAGCGCUUCGAACCAUACCCUGGAUCACGACCACAGUCACUAGAGCUCUACGGACAGCCCGCCAAUGUACGCGCACGAGGCUUUGAGACGCCGAUGCCUUCUCCCUCAGGCUAUUCAUCAGUCUCAGCCGAUGGCGCGCCGUCCCUCAUAACCGACACUGGCUCUGAGUCAAGGUCACCCCGCGGUGCCGCAUCCCCACUCGACAUCACCCUCGCACCUCUUGUUGGCAAUAGGGAUGAGCGCAAGAACUCCAGCACUCGCUACCUGCCUUCCACUGGCUUCGCAGUCGAAGAUGACAUGCACUCUGCGACAUACGACACUUACAGACGUCGUGGCUCCUUGCAGUUGCCUCCCCUCCACCGUGAGGCUCAAGCACCUGCCCAGGCCUACAAGGAAUCGCCGUUCACUCCACAACACCAGGCUCAGCCAUUGCUCUCUCAGCAUACACCACAGCACGUGCACCACCAUUCGCUGCCUCAGUCAUCCAACUUCAACGUACCUCAGCGCGCACUACCAAGCUUCCACUCUCUGACUGAGCCUGUCUUGUCUCUACCUUCGAGUUCAAGCGCAACCAGCCCUGUCGCAAGGCAGCUCCCUUCACCAUACGCACGGUCUGCCGAAGCUCUUAGCGCACCAGUCUCACCCAGGGACAGGAUGAGCUUGAAAAACAUCAUGUAG